AUGAUUAGAUUGAAUGCAGAGUAUGUAUCUAUUCUAAAAGCUAAUUUCAAGCGUCAGAUUUUAUUUGUGGAUUCGGUAAAAGGUCAGCUUUGUAACAUGGCUUCGUUUCUGAAGCUUGAUUCAACCAAUAUUUAUAACAUCGAUGCAACUCAGUUCUCGAACAAUUCGUUCAAGAUCGAAGUACCGACCGCAGCUACAGCAUCCACUAUCUCUAUAGCACUAUCGGAUGACUUAGCAGAUAUCAAGCGAAGUAUUCAGACAGCUUUCGUAAACACAGGAGCUUUUCUAAUCGAUUCUACCGAUAACAAUUUUGAUUUCAGUGCUACGCCAGCAUCGCUCCCGCCUGGAUACACUCGAUCUACUACUGGUUUAUAUAGCUCUGGGGGAACGGGAUUACCAACUACGACGCGAGUCCCUCGUGUUAUUAUCGAUAAUGCUGCGUUUGGCAAGGUAGUUGGGUUGACUAGUGGUACUUACCCUACGGCACCUACUAUAAUAUCAUCUGCACAACUCUCAAAUACUAUUCCUCAGAUUCACCCGAGUUCGAGCUAUGUUGUACGUUGUGAUAUCAUUAAGAAUCAAUACGUAGCUUCGGGCGAUAUUCUAAGCGCUUUUGAUAGAGGCGAUGCCCAAGUAGGACAACUGAUAUCCUACAAACCGAGUCAAUAUGCUUGGAUGAACUGCUUCGACGGAUCUAGGUCUUCGAUCACUAUCUCCAUGUAUAACCAGAAUGAUCAAAAGGCUCAAUUAAGAGACACUCAGUAUCGAGUUGAUUUUUUUAAAAAUAAAAUAGGGCGGAAUUAA